UUUACAGUGAAACCAUUCCUAAUACGAGGACCACAAGAUGCAGUAACACUCACGGGUGGCAGUGUGGAGUUCCAGUGUCGGGUAGGGGGUGACCCAGUGCCUGAUGUGCUCUGGAGGAGGACAGCUGGUGGCGGAAACAUGCCCUUGGGUAGAGUUCACAUCCUUGAGGAUCGAAGUCUUCGUGUGGAAUCUGUUAUCCUUGAGGAUGAAGGCGAAUACAGCUGUGAAGCUGAUAACGCUGUCGGUACUGUCAGUGCCUCGGCCACAUUAACUGUCCACUCUUCACCGUCGAUGAAAACGAGGCCAUCCGACCAAACCAUAGAGCUGCAUCGUGAUGCUGUAUUUGAGUGCGGAGUCGUGGGAAAUCCUCGACCGUCAGUGUUUUGGUCACUGGAAGGGAAUCGGUCGUUACUGUUCCCCGGAGCAAGAAAUGGCCGCUUCAUCGCUUCCGGCACGCCCGAGGGGAGGACAAUUCUGACUUUGCAGUCGGUGACUCGGAAUGACUCGGGAACGGUAGCAGUGUGCUCUGCGGUAAACCCUGCUGGUUCUGUUAUCUGGCGAGCUCGUCUGACAGUCACGUCUCCAGAAGACCACCCUCCUCCUAUCAUCACAUUAGGACCCACCAAUCAGACUCUACCGGUCAAGUCAAUGGCUGUUCUGCCGUGUUCUGCAAUUGGAAGUCCCGCGCCCGUCAUCACUUGGUACAGAGAUGGAGCUCCGGUCCUUGCUGGCUCUCGAAUCAAUAUAUCUGACUCUGGUACAUUGCAGAUCAACGACCUCGAGAAGCGAGAUGGUGGUUUGUACACUUGUGUGGCAUCGUCUCGCAGUGGUAAAGCAACGUGGAGUGGUGCGCUCAGACUUGAGCUGCCUACCAAUCCCAACAUACACUUCUUCAGAUCACCUGAGCCAUCCACAUUCCCAGGACCACCCAGCAGACCACAUACCGUGAACAAAACAGAUUCAAGUGUCACUAUAUCCUGGACUCGAAAUAAUAAAAUUGGAUCUUCUUCUUUACUUGGAUAUCAGGUAGAGUUAUUCGGUCGAGAGCCUGAAACAGGUCACGUCAGCUCAGGCAGCGGAUGGGUUGUAGCAGCCCGUCGUGUCCAAGGACCAACUUACACUCAGCAUCACCUAGCUCCAGGUGUAAGCUAUACAUUUCUGGUUCGAGCCGAAAAUUCCCACGGCCUGUCCCCACCGAGUCCGCUGUCAGAACCUGUCGUAAUGACUGCCUCUGGUCUUACUUGGCCAAAUGGGGAUAGUGAAGAAGAAAUGCAGCUGAAUGAAGCAAGGGCCAGCCUCUUGGCUGGACACGUUGUUGAACUGAUUGAUGCCCAGCCAUUAACCUCUACUUCUGUUAAACUGGUAUGGGAGAUCUUGAACUCUGAAUAUGUAGAAGGUUUCUACAUCUACUCCCGUCCGCUGGAUGGUGCUCGUUCGCCAGACUCGUACAACAUGCUGACUGUACUUCAUGCUGGUGGUGCUUCAGGCUUCCAAGUCACUGGCCUGGCCAAGUACACUCGUUACGAGUUCUUCCUUGUGCCUUUCUACAAAACUGUUGAUGGACGACCCUCUAAUUCCGGAAUGGCACGGACACUAGAGGGUGCACCAUCUGAACCACCAACUCAUAUGGAAGCCAUUUUACUGAAUUCAUCUGCUGUGUACUUAAAAUGGAAGCCACCACCACCAAACACACACAAUGGAAUUUUGAGGAAUUACCAGGUGGUAGUACGAGGAGGUGGAGAUAACAAUAAUGUUUCGAGCAGAAUUCUGACAAAUGUGACAGUAAACGCUGCGACUCCAUCCCUGCUGCUAACUAAUUUGACUGCAGGAGUGACAUACAUUGUGACAGCGUCUGCUGCUACGAAGGCCGGUCCUGGACCACCCAGCGUCCCAGCAACCCUCAGACUUGACCCCACUUCAAGACUUCUGCUUAAAGAUCAGCAUCAGAGACAACCGAUUGGACAUGACCCCAGUCUCACACCAGGUUUAACUGGAGGUGACUUUCUCACAGAAACAUGGUUCAUUGCCCUCUUGGGGAGUAUGGUGGCAGUAAUGGUGCUUCUGUUUGCUGCCAUGCUGCUGGUGCGACGAAGACAGCUCCUUACCAAGAAGUCAACACUCUCCAACAUACGUGAUUCUUGCUCUAAUGGUGGUGUCCUUGCAACUCCCCUAAGUUUAAAAGCAGCAGCUGGAUUACCACACCCACUGACAACACCAGCUCCUCACUGUUCACUGCCACAUGAUUCAUCGCUAUGGAUCGAGAACAGACCGGAUUGUUGGCGUAACUCAGAAAACAGUGACAAGGACACGCGAAGUCUUUCAGAGUCCCGAUUACUCCACAACGGCAGCAUAGUAACAGCUGCACUGAAUGACUACGCAGAAACAGGGACGCAGAAGCAAGCUGGUUCAAGAUCAGGCAUCAAUACGCCAGGCAGUGAUGCGAUGCCUGCUUACGCAGAAGUGGACCCCAAUCACACAGCACCACUCACAACAUUCCAGGGACAUCGAGGUUGUGAUGAGAGAUGUGGAGGGCCUGCAAGUAGCGAUGGCUCUAGUUCCCCUGCCCCAUAUGCCACUACAACACUCGUCGGAAGCUCACAUCAGCAUCUCAACGGCUUGGGUUGGGUACAAAUCUGUCCACAAACAAAUGAUGUUGAUGAGGAACCAUAUCCUUCAAAUUCAGCCUGUUUCUUCAGUAGGAAUGUCUACUCAGAUUCUUACUUCUUUAGCGGACGCUGCAAUGAUUAUGGUCAACAUUCAGGUGGCAGUGUCGGCAUACCAGCAUCCUUGAACAGCUGCGGUGGGAGUGGACGCAGCCGGAAAGCCAUGUCUGAACUAGGACAUCAGCAGCCGACAAAUGGCAAAUCUCUCCCUCCAAGUAACCCUCCACUGUCGUCUGCAUCAGUACCCCACACCCCAGCAGCCACACUACGAAGAGGACAUCGCAAUCUUCAGCUGCUGCGCCCUCAGAUACCCAAAUGUGGGGCAGGAAGCAAUCUGGCAAACUCUCGUCUGUCUCCCAUUAACGGGAUGCCACAAAGCUCCAACAUUUCCAACAGCCAUUCCAGCAAUCGAGAUUGUCACCGCUUCUCAGACCCUCCGCCAGACAUCAUUACAUCACCAAAUCAGCCACCACCUCAGCCGCCCAACAACUCAAACAGAACGUCACCCCCGUCAUCAUCACAGCAAUGGAAGUCACAACACAACAUGAGUGGAGUCAAGCCAAUGUUAUUAAUGACUUCAAUACCUUCUGGAACUGGGUUAAAUGCAGACCCUUCCUCCAAUAAGAAUGCUCCUCAACUAGUAAAAGACUUGCCAUCAUCACAUGCUGCUAACUCAUAUAAUGCUCACAGUUUGUCUAGUUUUGCAGUGCCUUAUCACCAGACAUAUGCACUGUCAAGACACGGACAUGGACAGUAUCAACCUGUUUAUCAUCAAUCAUCAAGGAGCGAGCCAGGAGGACAUCACAAUGUGACCGCCACUUAGUUGCUUCACAGGCUCUACAUGUAAGAACACUACUGAUCAUUUUCACGUGACAGACGUUAGAUCUUUAGGUGUUGUGUUUUACAUAAUGAAGGGCACAGAAGUACGGUGUGUCCGCAAAGUCCCUUCGGGAUUUUGAAAAAUUGUGGCGCGCAAACAAAUUGAGCUAGCCACAUGCGGUUUGCGGCAGAUUACAGUGAAACUUCUUGCUGACCUCAGUAGACCUCGAUGUGGGCU